AAUAAUUUGCUGUCCAAAAAUCAAAAUAACACUACAGACUCCAAAAUUUUAUCAAACAAUCAAGUGUCGGACAAGGGUAAAAGCGGUCAGAAGCUUGAUCACGUGGGGAAUAAAAGUAGAUUAUCUAAGCCAUCAGUCAGAAUGGUAAACGUUGCAAUAGGGAAUAAAGAUGCUGCAUUAAAUACAAUCGCUACAACAUCGAGCGUUACAGUUUCUGGAGGUAGGAUGAAUUCAUCUAUAAAAAAGAGCAGUGGAAACAACGAGAAUUUAAAAUCUAGCGAACAAAUAUCGAAGAACGUGUCGAUCGUAACCACAAAUCAAUCUAGUUCUACGUUCAGUAGUGUACGUGGUGUUACUGCAGUUUGUGUCGGUGGUAAUGUUCCUCACGAGAGCACAUCCAAGUCCAAAGAUUAUUCCGCUAAAAAGUUUUCCAGUGAAAUUGAUUCGAAAAUGAAAAACUAUCAUAUACAGUCUGAUUACAAAGAAUCCUCUGUAAACAGCCCAGAUUACAAGCCGAGGAAUAGUACAGUAAUGAACAAUUUAUCAUCGAGAUACGUAAAUCAGUCUGUUCAAGCGCUGCACAGAGAGAACCAUGGAACCUCUUCUCACCAUUCACGACCAGCGUCACGGAACGACAAUACUGCAUUCGCCAUAGCUAGAAAGGCAUUGGAGCAACAGAAUUCGGCAUCGAAAAUGACACCGAUCAAUUUUCCACCGCUGCGCGCGCCGCAGAGUAUCGUGAACGUUCGCCAUCCGUUUGUAACAGAGGCUAGAACCAAACAUAACGAGAUAGGCGGGCCAAACUCAAAAACGAAAUUGAACAUGGCGAGUUCUUUGCAAAGCGGUAUGAAGGAUCUCGAUCACAGCAGACAAACCUUUCAUAGCUAUGGUACGUCACAGAUCGCUGGUAUACCGAAUGUUCAAAAUCUAGGCAACGUGACGGCGAACAUGUCACCUUAUCCAAGACCGGAUAGCUUUCCACAGCCGACAGUUGCUAGUGUGCUAUUCCCCGACACUUCUCAAUUUCCUCAAUCACCCCCGUUCAGUACAACGCAAAUUGGACAGCUGAAUCAGUAUCAAACCUACGAUCCUGGCAGUUUUGCUACUACACCGGUGAACGUAAACCCAGUAAUUCCUCAAUUCUCCGCAGAAAGCUCCAUUCCAUAUCCGCAGUACGAUAAUACUCCGCAAUUCGUGCAACCGAAUCAUUAUCCAACCGCGGAUAUAGCGAAUAGUCAAUAUCAAUAUCAGGCAGCGGGUGUGGGACAACUACAGGAUUCACCGAUGUUUAUACAAAGCCUGCAGAGCCCGAUCGCUGUGACGGAUCAGUAUGCUGCUCCGAAUUAUGCGAGAACGGUCAGGACAGAGUUGAUACCGCGAUUGAGGAGGCCACCAAGAUUUAACAAGUAAAAAUGAUUUUUUCUUUCGCAUAUAUACAUUGUAUAUAUACAUUCUCAAACAAAUGUUCGUGACCGUGAAUAGAGGAGGAGUAAAACG